AUGCCGACAACGCCAUCAUCUUCUGCGCCGCCUACACCUCAUUCCACGAACGAAGCAUCAUCUAUCGCCAAGAUUACCGCGGCUCUACGGCAGCUAUCGCAACGAAGCAAUGAGCAGGGUGCACUACAGUUACGGAAAAACGUGGUCGAGGCGCGUGCUAAGGCCAGGGAGAAAGAGCACGCCCAAUCGCAUCCUAAAUAUGCCGAGUUUCCAUCCUUGAAGGAUUAUCACCACAAGCUCGAGAAGAGGGAUACUGAAGACUUGAACGCAUUGUACAAGGAAGUAAGCAUUGUAGACCAGCAGUGGCUCACUUCGGCCGAAGGAUUCGCUACGACCUUGCUACAAGCUUUUGCCGAGCUUCAGCAGCAAGACAAAGAUCACCGCUCAGCUGUGUCCAGCUCCCGCUCCUUCGAAUAUCUCGAGACGCGGCUCAAUUCCCGCCUGGAUGCACUUGAAAAACAACACGAAGAAGAUGUGGCAAAACGAAAGAAACAGAUAGAAGACCUUCAAAAGGGACUUUCGACCGAAACAGCUCUGCGUAAGAUACUGGGCAUCGAGAAUGAAUCCCUCAAAAAGAAGGUUCAAGACCUACAGGACCAGAAGACAUCUUUGACGACAAAAAUUGACGAGCAUGACACGUCCAUCAAGCGAUUGCAAGAGAAAUCAAAGGCGGUGUCGCUGCCCCCACCACCGCAAAACACCGCGAUUACCUCUGAAGAUUUGACUCAAGUCAAGAGAAUGGUAGACCAGUGUCGAGACAAAUUGGCCGACUUGGAGACAACAAUGGCGGCACACGACCAGAAACUUGGCGAGAUGGACGUUGACCUCAUCACCGAAGGCUGCUAUACUAUUGCGGCUACUCUGCCACGACUCGAACAGAAUGCUAAGAGGGCUGCAGAUGAUAUCACUGUGCUCCGGACAGAUUAUGGCAAGCUCAGAUCAGACAACGAGAAGCUCCAUUUGGAUACAGAUGUUCUUCAGUCUGGAAUCCAACAGCUUCAGUCAGGCACAGAGCAGUUGCGGUCCGACACGGUUGAAGUCCGGUCGAGCGUGGAGCAUCUCAGGCUUGCAACUGACCAACUCAAGUCCGAAACUGAAUACCUCAAAACAAAUGAAGAGCAGCUGAAAUCCGGGAUGACACGACUACGCUCGGGCACAGAGGAAUCGCAGCUAGCUGUCGAGAAACUACGAUCAGCAAUGCAGGUGCCAUCGGCAGGGGACUCAUUUCUUACUGUCAAAACCUUUACCAACAUGAACACUGCCGUCUUGAAGAAAUUCAGUGGUUGGAUUGACGACUUGAAACAACGGGUCGAUGUUGUAGAGGGCCAAAUUCCAACACUGCAGACCCUCUCGAAGCAGCAAAACGACCACUCAUCGCAGAUCAAGGCCAAAGAAGAUCAAGUCCAGACACUCGAGAAAGGAUCAGAUCAAAAGAUGACUCGUAACUCGGGCAACAGUCGCGUACCCACCCCAGCCCCUGAUCCCAGGGGCAUCCAGCACGAGGGAAAGUGGAGGGAGUACGAUACGCGACUCAAAGCUCUCGAGGCUAUGUCUAGUAAGAGUCCAUAUCGUUCCGCUAGUACUUCUUCCGAGCCGACGGAUGCUGUCGGCGCACCUGCCCAGAGACGCGCGCCGACGAUUGAGUCGAUGAAUGCCACGAUCGAAGCACUGAAAGCUCAGGUGGCAAUGUCGAGCCAAACUAUCAACGCUGUAUCUGAAUCGGCCAGACUUGCUAGCGAUAGCCAGGCGUCGCAGGCUGAACGGAUCAGCCAGCUAGAGCAUCAGCUGUGCAUGACAGGCAGACGAGUAGAGACUACUGAACAAACGCUGCAAGCGACUGAAGAAAGGUUUGAGAGAAGACUGGAAUUCAUGCAGCAGAACUUUACGAGUCUCGACUCGCAGAUGAAUAACCUCACAACGGAAAACCUCUUCCAGGCCAUUGUCCAAUACAUCGACAGGUACCAACCUGGUGAGGCAGUUGUCGGGCACAAGAUCGAGAGAAUAUCCCAACAAAUGAGUGCAUAUGAGCAGCGACUGGCGGUGCUAGAGCUGUCGGCGGCCUCAAGCGAUGAGCCAGCAACCAAAAAGCGUAGGCCGAGCCCUCACAUGGGGCAGAUGGGCGUGACGAACGGAAGGCAUUGA